UUUUUUCACGUUUCAUUGUAGAAUGUAUACCCCAGUGACUGACCGUGGAGGAGGUGGUGGUUCCACCACUCCGUCGUUUUCCUCUGCGAGCGCAAGAGCAGCAGCUGCUGCAGCUGCACGGAGGAGGAGUACAGGAGUGUUCGUUGCUAGUACACGAUGCUCGCCGUACACUCCAGGGCGGUCAACAUCAAUGAAUCGUUCUCUACAGACAUCACAGUUAUUGGAAGGCAGUGGACAGUAUUCUUUGGAGAGUUAUGGAGUGUCCUUGCCUGCACUAGUCAUGGAAGCCCUGACAUUUGCUGACCGUAAUGUGGAGAUGUCAGCAGUGUUAUCACAGGGUGGGUGGGCCUGGUUGGUGUGCGGUCGUCGCUUGCUGGUGUGGCGCUACACACUUGAUGACACCCGGCGCCUCGUCAACCACCAGUUUAGGGAGCUGACCUUGCCACCAUCAGAUCUCGCUCAUCGAGCCCAGCUAGUUGUUGUUUAUGUUGCCAAUGAGGGGCAGGUACCAUCGUGUUUAGCAGUGUCUCCAGAAGGGUAUGUGCGCUUCUGGCCCAGUAUUGCUCAUGAAGGCUCAUACUUUGAAGUCAGUACAGAGCUUCAGGGCCAGGAAUGUGACAGUCUGGUGUUCCUUGGGCCAGCAUUAGGCUGCCUUCUAGCAACUACCACCUCCACUACACUACUGAUACAACCAGGAGGGGGGUCCGGAGGGAACCAGACCAUCAAUGUACGACAGUUAAAGGUUCCUGCUGGGCUGCUUGGGGGAAUAUCACGUAGAGUGUCGUCUCUUGUAUUUGGCUCCAUGCCAACCCAGGCUCCUGAGGCACGGCUGGUACGGGCAGUGGGGGUCCUCGGAGCUGAGAAGAAUGAGCGUGCUGUGCUAGUGCUCUCCGCUCACUCCUUGCAAAAGUGGUACCUCAUUCCUGGGGAACCCGACAAACUUGUGUAUGAGUGUAAUGUCGAGAAGUACAUAAGAGAAGGCUUUGUGGACCACGUGUGGGGUCGGGAGCGUGCUGGAGCAACACAGCUGCGGGUGUGGCUGGUGGACAUGCAACCCUCUGCUGGUGAUUCAACCAUUAUGGUUCUGGCCGCAGCGGUAAAUCCUCAGGUGUCACAGCAGCUGGUGUAUGCUCUUGCUACGAUGGAAACUGGUGGCAAUAGUCCCCCUUUGACGGUGAGCAACUUCUCUGUGUUGAAGCACUCUGAAUACUACCAGGAAUCUGCAGAGAAUGUUCUCUUGGCCCAGCGGUUUAUACUGUGCUUCAACACUGCCUACAUUUAUAAUAAAAAUACAGUACUCUGUGUUUCAGCGGUGGGGGAAGGUGACAGUGGAGACCGUGUGGAAUUCUCUGGGGCCGGAGACAGCAUCCUUGGGGUAGGCCGUUCUAAGGGCCUUCCUUUGUUUUUUUCUGCAAAUCAUGGCAUUGUCUCCAUUUCUGCCAACCAGCACCUCAACCAAUCAGGAGUGCUGAUGAACGAGAGUACAGCAGAGGACACAUCAAGACUAUGUGAAGCCUUGAACAUCAGCAGUAUGGGACUGGAUUCCAUCACCUCCAGUCAUGACUGCACCGCCAGACUGCAGGCAGCCUUCCUUCACUUCAACAAGAGUAACAUUCCACAAGCUCAGGCCAUCCUAGAUGAGCUUUUCCCUGGGUCUGACAACACCAAUUUGGAUGCCACGGUGAUCCAGCUGUCUACCAACUUGUUAGACGACUCGCCCGCCACUGACCCUCGGUGGGCCGAGAGUAACCAGGCCGGAGGAACAGGGGCACCCAUGUCACUCCUUAUUCUGAACCAGCUGAGAGACAAGACUAUGGCUCAUCAGUAUUUCAUAACAUUUCUACACCAGACAGGACUAUGGCAGCGUUUAAGUGUGGGCGUCGUAGAGGAGACUCGGGUGUUGACAAGGAUUGUUUUGACCGAGCACGGAGAAAAGCUGGCCUUUGCUACAGCCUUGCGCACCAAACACAAUGACCACCAACACCUCAUUGAUGCUGCUGUCAAGCAUGUACUCUUGGAUCGUAACGAAUCCCCUGAGGGCAAGCUGACUCACUCUGACCUGUUCUAUCGUCGGGUGAGCAAGAUAGAGGACAUCAUCUGGGGGCUGCUACGAGCACAAGACGAUGUUUUAGCAGCUGAUGUGGCUCCUCGGGAUGCUCCCGCAACAAUACACUCGGUGAACUCGCUCAUCCUGGCCCUGCUGCGAGGAGCUAAAAUUGCCUCGGGCAGCAUUGCUAGUGUUGCAGGAACCACGAGUGACCCACCGCUGGAACACACUCCAUGGACUGCUUCCCAGGGCACUCGUGGAGCUCGGACAUUGCUGCUGGAACAACACACUACUACUGUCAAGAUUGGUUUGGUCCGUGCCGAGGAUGGUGCCACUAGAGCCAAGCUGUAUGCACAGAUGGUUGAUCUCUCUGAUGUCAUUCUCACUGGCUACCAGCCUCAGCUGCGUUCCCUGGUGGCUGUCAGCCACGACUCCCACCAGGCCCUCACACGUGCCUAUGAGAGGGAUCGUUAUAACCUCAUUCAGCCACUUGUGCAAGGUGAGCAGUACGACCAAGCAGUGGGCCUGGCUGAGAAAUACUGCGACUUCCGCACGCUGGUAGAAGUGUGUGACCGCACAGACAACCAAGAGAGACUUGCCCAGUACAUGACCCAGUUUGGAUCUGAUGGGUUCUCAGACUUUGUGUUCCGGUGGUACCUGGAGACUGGUAAACGAGGUCGUCUCCUGAGUCACGGGACUCAGGGAGACUUGUCACGCUUCCUUCAGGAUUAUACAUCUCUUGCUUGGCUCCAUCACAUUCAAACGAGGGAUUUUACAGCUGCAUCUUCAACUCUCCGCCAGCUGGCAUUAGAGGAGACUGCAUACCUCAGCAGAAAGAAGACACUGCUGAGUUUAAGUAAGCUGUGUAACCUAGCAUCCACUAUGCCAGGGUCGAGAGAAACAAGCAUGCUGGAGGAUGGCACCAUGAGCUUGGAGGAGGAACUCAUUAUCUAUCAGGAGCAGCUACCUGAGCCAGUCCUCACUGCACACUCCCUCGACCCAGAUAGUAUGAGAGUUCUUUCUCCUACCGAACUUGUUCAUCUGUACACCAGUGAAGAAAAUUUUUAUGCUAAUGAAUUUGACUUCAAGAAGGCACUAGACCUCCUGUCAUUUGUGCCGUUAGAGGAAGUGUACGAGCUUAAGCGAGACAUCUGGGUGCGCGCUGUGUUGAGAAACUCCUGGCAACACAUGGACACAGAUAAUCCUCUCGAUGCCAUCAGUGACACUGUCCUGUUCAAGACCAUAGAAUUAGCAUUUACCCAAGGUAGCGAUAUGCAGGAGCUGCUGAUCCCCGCUGAAGAUUUGCUGUCCUCUGACAAGCUCGGAGAUCUAAAGGAGGACUCCACCUUUAAAUUUCUUGUGAAUGCUGGCUAUGAGAAGAUUCAUCAACUUAUUGGCUGAAUGUACCAAGUAACACUCAGAUAUUUGAGGGAGAGUGGACUGAAUUAGUGAUGAGACUGCAAAAACUUUAUUCAUGUUGGCCCGCAUGCUGCUAGUAGAAACAGUGUUUGAUCAAGCAGUCCAUAAAUGUAGUUUGGCCUCCAGUCAUGGGCAUAUGUUAGCUCAGCAUUAAGUCUUAUUUAAAUAAGCUCUCACAUGAAGAGCCUAUAUAUAUUGCAAUUUUUCAUAAAUGUGGUUGAAAGAGCACUGAAACUAAUGAUUUGUACUAUGAAGACCUUUCUUUGUAUUGCUCGUAAAUGCAUAAGUUCAGUCAGUAUAAAAAAUUGCAAUAUAUGACAGCGUGCUAUAUAAUAUUAUCAUAGGGAGUGCUAAACCCAUAUGGAUUAUAAAGCUCCUGUGGUGGGGGGGAAUGGAAAGUAUUCAGGGAACUGGAGCACAGAUCCAAUUCCCUAGAUCAAGAGCCCUUCACCAUCGUCUAGACCAAAGGAGUUAUAAAAUGUUUUAUAAGUUUUUAGUACAGCCUCUCCUCACUUAACGACAGAGUUCCGUUCCUCAGACCACGUCGUUAAAGUAAUUCGUUGCUAAAUGAGGAGCAUACUAUGAUGUAGUGGAUUUGUGUCAACCAUGUUUAAUAUUGUUUUAAUGUUACCUUUGUACUAUUUAUAACAUUGGUCUAUUUUUAAAUGUUUAUUACAAUAUACAUAACACUGCUGUAUAAACAGAAUAGAGGAAAUCAGCCCUUAAUAUACAUUUAGGUAUGGGUCAGAGAGCCCAUCGUAAGUCAGAGUCGUCGGUAAACGAGUACGUCGCUAAGUGAGGCGAGGCUGUAUUUUAUAAUGGUACAAAAUGUUUAGUUAUGUGUAAAAUGAAAGAAAAAACUUCCACUGCCAUUUGUAAAAAAAAUUUAUUAGUGUCCAAUAUUACAUGACUGUACAUUUAUAUUCAUUAUAUUGUAACACGAAACAAAAUAUAAACGUGUAUUUCAGUGAUUAUUAUUGUAAAUGUUAUAUAGCAAGAUAGAGACACAAAAAAAUAACAUCUUUAUAGCAAAUACUUUUAAAAUAUAUUACAGAAAGUAUCAAGUAUUUGAAUGAAAGUGUAACCUACUGUAUAUAUGGCAGGUACACUGAUAUGCUGAGUAUACAUGUGCAGCAUAUACUAGUCUAGACCACAUGCAGCAUAUAAUUGGUGUAUGUGGUGUAUAUUUGCUGCAGAUAAUGGUAUAUAUAUGUGCUACAUACAGUUCAUCGGUAUAUAUGGUCAUUUAACUCCAUAUGCUGAAUUUACAGAUUAUGCAGUAUAUACUAUGGUAUAUACAGUAUAUGUGCUCCAUGAGCAAUUUAUAAUACAGCACAUAUACUACAUUACCAUAAUAUAUACUUCACACAAUCUGUAAAUUCAACAUGCGCAGUUGUGACCAUAUGCGGCAUAUAAUACACUUGCAUGUCUAACACUUAUGGGAAGUACUAAACCCGUGAGGGUCACUCGGCAGUAUAAAUGAUAUUGUCAAAAUAAAGGAAGUUUUAUUUUAAGUGAUAUAUAUGAGAGAAAAGUUUGCAGUAACAAUAUAUGUAGACAACUUAAGAGUAUAUUUGGUAUAAUUUAACAAGAUACAACACAAUGACAAUGUAGUAAAAGUAUCAAUCAGCAAACUAUUUUAUAUAUAAAUUUCAUGCAUGUAAACACUUGUGGAUGAUAUUUUGCACAUUUUGUUUCAUUACUCUUAACAGAUAUAUUGAUGAAAAACAAGAACUUGUGCACAGUCUUAUACCUCAACUUAAUAUUGUAUUAAUUACAUUUAGAAAAAACUAACAAGGGUUCAUGAUACACUGGUCAUGAACAGCCUGUCCAUAAUUACAAGGAUUUUCAAUUAUACUCACAAAAAUCACUGAACCUGUGAGGAUAAUACAGUACUACAGCUGUGUAUAAUUGUGGCUUAUUAUUUUAAAAUUUCAUAGAUGUUAUUCUGGUUACCAGGUAUUACCCCAUGUUAAGUAUUCAGUAUACCAGACAUUAACAAAUAUGCUCAAGAUAUACCCUGGAACUAAACUAAAUUUAUAUGGCAUUUAA